AUGACAUCCUCCGAAAGCGAAACAGGGGUUACGAGAAAGAGGCAACGGACUUCCUCUACCAAGUCCGCCGGCGCCGAUGAAAGCAAAAGACAUCGAGGAAGGCCUCGAGUCGACCCGCAAGACGAGACCGCAGCAGAUAAACGGCGAACGCAAAUUCGCUUGGCUCAGAGAGCAUACCGGCAAAGGAAAGAGACCACUAUCGGUUCGUUGAAAAAACAGGUCUCUGAUCUUCAGUCGAUCAUUGAGGAAAUGAACAAGUCAUUCCUUAACUUCAACGAUACGGCCGUGAAUCUAGGGAUUCUUCAAGCAAAACCUGAACUAGCGCAAGCUUUAAGGAACGCAACGGAGCAAUUCAUCACCUUAGCGAAAACCGCAAAUAGCGGAGAUGAAGAGAAUGGAGACGAUGCAGAAACCCCGGAGUCUAAUGCAAGCAAAACAAAGUCUUCUCAGGACUCCGCGGCUAUAUCUGGAGGCGAUCGAGAGCCGCCCAAGGAACCUACCCCGCAGAAACAGCGUACCGUGGACAUCGGCAUGGGAUAUACGAAGACAUUUUAUGAUGCUUCGUCCUCCCCUCGUCCAUCUAACCUGGAGUCGCAUGAUGCCUUCCCGUUGACAGGAUCCCCCGAUCAAAACUUCGUUCAAAGCAACGAUGCAUCAAUCACCACGAGUAACAAUUACAAUCUCACCCAAUAUCACGCAUUCAUGCCAUCUCCCCCAGGUUCACCGCUUGGAAUGGCCCUUGAUGCGUGGCAUAAGACAGUAUCCGUACCACAGCCUCUUACAUUCUCCUUCAAUGAGACCACAUUCGCUCGCCGCCUACAUCGUGCUGCUAUAGAGUCAGGGUACCAACUUCUUGCCAACGCCGAUGUUCGUACCACGCUUUUCAAACAUGUCUUCAAACUCUCUUUACUUUAUAAUACACCCGAACAAAUCUUCCUCAAAUUUCGGUCUAUACUUCUGCGAGAGCCGACCGCAUCUCUGGAAUUUUGGCAAACGCCUUUCAUUCAUCUUGGUGGUGCUGGCACUCAUUAUCCCCGACGGGACGAGACAGGCGCUCUCAUAGGGCCAAAAAACAGUUGGCAAGUGCGGAGCAUAGGACCUAUGAGAUCAAAGAUCGGAAGAGCAAGAUUGGAAAGCGGCCAAGGGGCUGGAGACGCUGGGAUCGAUCUUGAUCUCGAAGGCUUUGAUGGCGAAUGGUUCGAUUCCAACGAUGUCCAAGGUUAUCUCGAGGAGAAAGGGAUCUUCAUUCAACCUCGCGCUAGCUUUGCAGAAGCGGAAUACGUGGAUAUUGAUGGCUUGACUGGCACUGGUGAUGGAUUCUUGGUCAGCAUGCCGACUGAUGAGGAAGACCUCACUGUUGGCCGAUCCUGUCUGCGUAACGCAUCAAUGAACUUAGGGUCGAGUGCAGAUCAAGGGAUGGACUAUUUCUCACCAAACGAGUCGCCCCCGCCCACAUUUUUAACAAAAGGAGCACAGAUGGACCUUCUAUCACAGCCGACGAUAACAGGAGCUCCAGAAUUGAAGUCAUCUUCAUUCACCCCGCCCUCUACCGACCUUGGCUUCGAUCCGCAGAUAGGUCUCCUUGGCGAUGUGAUGGAUAAUUCUAAUCUGGAAUUCGGCGACCUCGCCGCUGGUGUCCCCUCCCUCGGAUCGUUCUCCAACAUUGAUAUCGACACGUCGGAGAAAAUAUCUAAUGCAUGGUUCGACGACUUCAGUCUGUACGAAGAAUCCUCGAUAUCCAAAAGUGGGAGCAGUGUGUCAGCGGGCACGUCAGCAGGCACACCAUCACCUCCGGCCAUUCGGAUGCCGUUGCCGAGGGUCGGCGAUUCUGCUUUUGCUGGCACAGGAAAGGAUCGUGCAGUCAGGCGGAAGGUGGUGAUUGAUGUUCCUAGGUUUGUUGAUGAACUGAUCAUGCGUGCUGUUUGUCUUGGUCGUGCGCCGGGGUUCCGACGAAGAGAUGUUGAUCGAGCGUUUGAGCGAUCUAUCAUACAAAUGGGCUAG